AUGAAUGAAUUUGCAGAGCGCGAGAAGAUCCCUGAAGGCACUCCUUGCGUGGUCUGCGCGGAUCUCGCUAGCGGCGUACAUUACUCCGUACCGAGUUGCAACGGUUGUAAAACAUUUUUCCGACGUGCUCUCGUAAACAAGCAAACAUUCACUUGUCAGUUCUCCGGUGACUGUGUUGUGGGUAAAUCUGUUCGAUGCGUGUGUCGAAGUUGUCGUUUGAAAAAGUGUUUCGACAUGGGCAUGGAUCCCAAAGCUAUUCAACACGAUCGGGAUAAAAUUCGAUAUACGAAGGCGUUAAAGAAGAAAAAAGAAGAGGAACGACGCGUGAAAGAACAAACCGAGUUAUCACUGAAAGAGGAGAUCGGCAGUCCAAAUAGUGCUGGGUCUGAUCAGUAUGUGAAUACGUCGACUCCGUCAUCCAGUACUAUGGUGGUGAUUUCAGAACUGGACAACUCUGGUUUCGAUAUUGAGUCACAAAACGAUGUAAAGUUGCUUGUGGAUGAUUUAAUGCUUUUGGAAAGUAAGAUGCUUCUUGUGCGACGUGCAUGCCGUUUCGUGCCACACACUUCAGCGACAAGUUGCAUGUAUAAUAGGUGUCUAUUCAACGACUAUGAAUGGAUGAGAGAGAAUUCACAACCACUGCUUGUCCACAUAUUUCAGUACAGUACAAAGCUCUCAUCCCACUGCACCCUUGAAUCCUUGCGUUUAUGGUUUGUACGAGACCUUUCGUUGAUGAUGGAAUGGGGAAAGUGUUUACCGAUUAUGGAUCGCCUUCUUCUGAAUGACAAGCUUGCACUGAUGAAGGCUUUUGCUCCAAUAUUUCCUCUAAUUCAGCUGGCGUACUAUACAACGACACCCGAAGACAGUGACAUUGUUAUCAAAAAAGAACCUGACUAUGAACCAGUUGAGAGUGAUCGGCUAAACUAUCCUGAUGGCACGUUUAUUGAAAAGGUCAACGACAUAAGUCACACUGAAGAGAUGUACACGAUACUUAUCGAGGGAUGUUUCAAGCUUAUGCGACGUCUUCAAAUUAAACAACAUCAUAUCGUAUUGUACAAAAUGCUUUUGCUACAUAAUCCAGAUGCUGAGGGAUUGUCAUCGACAGGCAAGAAAACAAUAGAAACGGAACGGCUUCGCAUUCUCAGCCAACUGUUUCUCUGGAUUAGCAACGAACGUGGAAGUUCUUCACAAUUAUUGUUCUCAAAUCUGUUAAUGAUGACAGCUACUCUUAAUAAGGUGGCGUCUUUUGUACGGCGCGUGUUCGACAUCAACCACAUUUUCAACCGUACAAAUGACCUCAUUGAUCAGCUGAUAAUCGUGGGAUUAUGA